ACCGUCCCCAUCCUCCCCUGUACCUCCUCCCCAACCCACCUCAUCUUCCAGCCCUCCCCACCCCCAUCUCAUCCACUUCAAUCCCCAACCUUGGACAUCUCCUCUAUCCCACCCUCUACCUUAACCAACCUCAAAAUCGCUUCGGAACAUCUACAUAAAGAGAGAUUGGUCGCUAUCCCAACAGAGACUGUUUAUGGCUUAGCAGCUUCUACCGCCUCGGAGAAGGCGUGUAGGAGGGUGUAUAAGCUCAAGGGAAGACCAUCAGAUAACCCACUUAUUGUGCAUAUCUCUUCUUUGGAUAUGCUCUCCACACUCACCCCACCCGGGUACACACCCAACCACCUUCAAAUGGCACUCAUCUCCGCCUUCUGGCCUGGUCCUCUUACGCUCCUCUUCCCCGCCCGUAACCCACCUGCACCCCCAGCUCCGCAGACAAUCGCGGUGAGGUUCCCCGCACACCCAACGGCAAGAGCGCUUAUUACCCUGAGUGGACUUGCGGUGUCGGCGCCGAGUGCGAAUAGGAGUGGGAGGCCGAGCCCGACGAGCGCGGAGGGGGUUUGGAGGGAUUUGGGGGGUCUGGAUGGGGAUGAGCAGGGGGUACUAGGGUGUAUCCUCGACGCAGGCCCAUGCUCAGUCGGGUUGGAAUCUACCGUGGUCGAUGCUACGUCGGGGUUCGGAGGGUCGGUCAAAGGAGGAUUCGGAGGGGUGGUUAAGGUCUUAAGGCCAGGUGGGGUUGGGGUGGAGGCGAUUGAGGAGAUUGAGGUUGAGACCGAGACCGGGGUGGAUGGUACCGCUGCGAAGAUGCAGACACAGGCCAUCCCUCAAACUCAAGUCCACCACCUCCCAGAAGCCACUACCAAACACAAUCAGAUGUCAACCAGGCAAGGGGCAGGAGAGAUCUCCAACCCCUCGACGCCGGGGAUGAAGUAUAAACAUUAUUCCCCGAGCGUACCCGUGUAUCUGGUUUAUCCUUCCGACGUCUUCACCACCAGCUCCACUACCACCACCACCACCACCGCGACACCGAAGGGAAACAAAGAGGGAGACGCGACGAACGCUGAAGGAAACGUGAGGCUCGGGGUGAUGGUUUUCGAAGAUAGCCCGCUCAGGCGGAAGGUCCAGCAAGCGCAAUCUCAAGCGGGAACUGGGUGGGGGAUCGAGAUCGAGUACCUCUCGCUCGGCAAGACGGUCGAGGAUGCCGCAAGGAGGCUGUUCGGUGGGAUGCUCGCGCUCGAAGGCAAGCGUCCAGAUUCUCAAGGUGAAACCCAAGGGGACGGGGUCGACGCGAUCGUCAUCGAGGCGACGAACACUUAUGGCAUAGGCCUCGCGUUCAUGGAACGGGCGGGCAAGGCGGUCGGGGGAGGUGGAGGUGGGAAGGGGUUGGGGCAGAGUGUGGAUGCGAGCGGGGAGGUCAAGAGGUUUUUGGUCGAUGUCGAGUGA